AUGUCAAGUAUAACUCUCUUCUUUACUUCUCUUAUUGCAGUUAAUGUCUGUCUUAUUAUUGCUACAAUAUUAAGUAAGACAAAUAUUAUAACUAGUUAUACUUCUAGAAAAUGUGUUCAUAUUUCUCUUGGAUUUUUCCAAUUAUUAUUAUGGAAAUAUUAUCCAGAAGAACCAACAGCAAGAAUUUGGGGAUCUAUGUGUUGUAUUUUAUAUGCAAUAGUAUUUUUAAUAUUUGGAAUGGGAUGGAUUAAAGGAGUUAUUGCUGAUUUUUUAAUAGCAACAGUAUGUAGAAAUGGUGAUUAUAAAGAAAUGUUAUAUGGACCAUUAAAUUAUUGUUGUAUUAUGUCAUUUUUAUCUCUUUUAUAUUGGAGAAAUUAUCCACCAUCUAUAAUUGGAAUGAUGGUUAUGUUAACUGGUGAUGGAAUGGCUGAAAUAAUUGGUAAAAUGAUAGGAAAAACUCAACUUAAAAAUCCAUGGGGAAAAACAAAAACACUUGAAGGAGCAAUUGCAGUAAUGGUAUGUGGAUCACUUGGAGCAAUGUUUAUGUGUUGGAUGCUUUUUAAUAAUUUUUAUAUUAUUGAAUCAAUAGUAGGAGGAUUUGUAGGAGCAAUAGUUGAAUUUUAUUGUUAUCCAAAUUAUGAUAAUGUUUUUAUUCCAUUAUCAUCAGUUGUUAUGGGUGCUAUUUUCUUUUGAGUAAUUUUAAUUUAAUUUAUUCAAAU